AUGACUGUAGAUUUUGAUGUGAAAGGCAAGGUCAUCACUCUGACCGGGGCUGCUUCAGGCAUAGGUUUCGAGACUGCUAAAUUACUUGCGGCCCAGGGAUGCAAGCUCUCUAUCGCUGAUGUGAACCCAGAAGCACUUGAAGCGAAGGCCAAAGAGAUUGCAGCCUGUGCUCCUGUUGAGAGUGAUAUUUUCAGCGCAGUGGUAGACGUACGAAAGCCAGAACAAGUAGACACGUGGAUUGCAAAUACAGUCGAGCGCUUUGGGAAGCUAGAUGGUGGAGUAAAUAUGGCUGGUGUGAUUCCGAAGGUAAUCAAUAUCGAAAGGGUGGAAGACUUGAAUGAUGACGACUGGCAUUUCGUUAUGGAUGUCAACCUUCACGGUGUAAUGUACUGUAUGCGAGCACAACUUAGGAAUAUGAAUGAUGGUGGAAGCAUUAUAAAUGCCGCAAGCAUAUGCGGCCUUAUGGGAUUUCCCAAAAAUGCCGCUUAUACUGCUACCAAGCAUGCGGUGAUUGGCAUGAGUAGAUCCGCUGCGAAAGAGGUAGGAGAUCGAGAGAUAAGGGUGAAUUGCAUUGCCCCAGGCCUGAUUGAGGGACCUAUGCAGCAGGCAAGCGUAAAGACUCGAGGUGGUGAACAGGUUUGGAGGUGCCACAUCAUGAGAAGAGGCACACCGUUCGAGGUCGGAUCGUUGAUAACGUGGUUACUUUGUGAUCAAAGUAGAUAUAUCAGCGGCACCGUACAAGUGAUUGACGGCGCAUGGGCAUGUUGA